AGCUAAUACAAGUGAAAUAUCAUACAUUGUGCGUGUUUUCCAAAACAAUCCCUGAAACAGUGAAAAGUUAUAUCCGCAUAACAUUUAUUCGAUUCCAAUUUCAAUUCGGACAAUAUAACGCACAGUGAAUUUAAUUGAAAAAUCUAAUUAAAAUCACAGAUAGAAAAAUUGCGAUACGUGUCGUGCUUGUGCGAACAAAAAAAAAAUAGUUUUUGUGUUGUAAGUAACUUAGCUAGGUGACAUCGGUGUGUGUAUAUCUAAUACAAGAGCCCAAAUCAACGGUAGAUAAAAAGACAGGAAAAACAAAAAAAGAAAAAUUUUCAACAACAUAACAUUCAGACAUCUAAGAAACAUUUCGCCACUCUCAUAUAUUAUCUCAAGUACCGCACAUAUUACUUUUAAGCUGAGUUCACCUUUUUAUUCCAUUGCGAUGAUGAGUUAUUGGUUAAAAGCUGCUUAAAUAAUCGUUUCAAACAACAAUAUUUCACGCUUAUCUAUUAUACCUUCGAUUUAAUUUGUUGAUUCCAUGGACUUGUCAUUGCAAUCGAGAAGUUUAAGUUCCACUUUUAAUAAUACCGGUCCGUAUAGUAUGCCGCAAGAUGAAUACGAACAUAAACAUCGUAAUAUGCAACAAUCCAAUCACCAGCAAACACCAUCAAAUAAUUAUAUACUCCCAAUUACAUCCCUGCAUUCGACUUCUGCUGAAAAUACGAGUGCUGCACACCAGCAAUUACCACAACAUCUCCGUUCAACCAUAUCUAUACCUGCCGCUAAUACUUUGGAAAGAGUUACUGACCUCGUAGCUAAUUUACAAGCCUGUCCACCUACUUCAACGAUUUUACUCGGCAGUAAUCCGAAAUACGCAAAUCUAAAUGGAAAGGAUUGCGAACGUUUGUUGCCACCAGCAUCUGCUAUGGCGUCGGCGUCUUUCCCGGGAAGUGGAAGCCAUAAUAGUACCAAAAACACAACUCAGUACUUACACGAUUCUGAAAAUUACAACGAUUCUGCGCAAAUCAAACAUGGUUAUCAUGGCGUAAGUGAGACGAGGUCGACGCAAAAUCCAACGGAAUUGAUUAAUAAAGAUUGUCCAUAUAGUAACAUAAGCAAUAAACAUGAACAUUCUUCAAAAAAGUUUUCACCGCAUCAUUAUCAUCAGCCGUACAUGCAUCCACAACAGGGAAGGUAUAGUUUACCAGUUGCAUCUAGUCAAAAUCUAACAAUUUCGCCAACUUUGGCGCCCAAAUCCUUGCCGGCCGCCAGUCAAUAUGCACAUGCAUCCUUAAGGUCGACGCUUUCAGCCGUCGAGUCGCUUUCAAAUCAAAUGACCGAACACGAUCCUCAUAGGCAACACCAAAUUGGUAUUCGUGAACGAGAAGAAUACGACCUGCAGCGAGAACAUCAACAUGGCCAUACAUCAUUCUUCCCGCAACAUUAUCAGCAACUUAGUAAUGAGCAGAGAACGAAUAUCCAGAGGUCCCCGUUAACGCCACCAGAUCUAUUGCCUUUGGGAACUACAGGUGAUAAUUAUGAGAAAUCAUUUAAUCGUGUCAUAUGCGAAAAGGAAUCUGUUAAUGACGUAAAAUCAUCCAUAAGUAUGAACCAUUCAUCGCCUAAACCCAACAGUUUAAUAGCAUUUACUCCAGCCAAUCAAGACAACUCAGAAUCUUCAUCUUCGAACGAAGAGUUUACAGAAAAUGGUAAAGAAACGCCAGAGAAAAAGCUUGCGGGUGAAAGCACGAAAAUCAAUCUUUUAGAAAAAGAAAUUCUAUUAGAUGUAUCGCAUAAUAAAAGCAGCGCUGAUGUCGUUCAAACAGAUUCAUCCCCGAAAGAUCGCACCAUUAAAUGCGCAAAUUCGCUUUCAAAUUCAAGAAUUGAGCCACACGUGAUGGAAGAUCCAAACUCGUCUGAUGGAGAGGAAACUUCUUUUAGAAGCACGACAACGACAUCAGUGAUAACUGAAAAACCAAAUAUUCUGCUUGAACCCAAUCUUGCGCAAAAAAUAAGUGAAAUUUCGACGAAAAAUAGCAAUGAUUCAAACGAAAGUACUUCGCUUCAAAUGAAGGAAGAUGUUGGACCUUUAAAAUUAUCGAAUAAAACAAACAAAAUGCAACGACAAGUUUUGCGAUCAAAUUCCAAUUCAAAUUCUUCGAUUAAUUCAUUUAACGAGAGUAUUUCGACGAACGAUAAUGCAAUAAACGCGGAAGAUUUGCGUUUACAAUGCAAAGACAAGUCAACGGACGUGAUUAAUAAGAUAAAGACUGCGCCAAUUGAAGUUUCUGAAUCUCCAGCAAAUAUCACAUUUGAUGAGAGCGUUGCGAACCAUUCUUUUAACGGUAAUAGCAACAUCAAAUCGCGUUGCAUCCCAAAAGAGGAAAAUGACCCUACCAUAAUAAUACACGAUAUUAAAAAGACUACUCCAACUGAUGAUUACACGGUAAAAGAUGUUGCCGAUAAUCAUUCACACAGUGAAACAAAGGCAGAUAUCCUAAUUGAUAUUGUAGAAAAUACAAGAAAAAUGUCCUCAAAUUCUUCCGUCAGCGGCUCGUCUGCGGUAUGCAACGAUCAUCCGGAAAUUAAAAGUCCUGAUAAGACUUGCUUUGAGGAGGUUGAGAAUAAGUUGGAAGAAAUGUUUGCGGGCAUCGAAGAUGAGCCUAUUGUACGACAAAGCAAUAACGAUAUCGCCACCCAAGCUAGUAUUAGCUGUGAUGAAAAACCUUUGGAACUCGAAUUAUCAGUGAAAUCAUCAAUAACUGAACAAUUCAAUUCACGUAUCAAUCGCAACGAAAAGCCCGAGUUUACGCAUUUGGAUAACAAAAUUGCCAACACUCCACCGAAAAUAGAAAGAUCAUUACCGACGAAGGCGGCUAAAAAAUCAACCGAAACAUGUAAUGUCCUGCCGAUGAAAGUUGAUGCGGACCUAACAAGCUACUUAACUGAUAUGCAAGAUUCGAAGAGAAUCAGGGAUCCUUCACCUAAUCAUAUAUCAGAAACCCUUGACACCAAUGAGGCAAUUGCUGUUACCAACGAUAAGAGUAAAUUAUGCUUAGAUGACAUAGCAAGUUCUCGUGAUGAUUCUUCGAGCACCUCGGUGUCCACGGAAUUAAAUAAAAUUCAUAGUGGCAGUAACAAAUGCAUAAAGAAAAGGAAUGCAAAGACUACGGGUCGGCAAAGGCCCGCCAAACACAAAUCGAAGGCAAUUUCUAAGGCUAAUACAAAAGCAUUUAAAGCAACAAAAUCAAGUCCAUGCGAUAACAAACAAAAAACUCAAGAGCCAGCAAAAAUACGGCCACGUCAAUUGCGAAAUUCUCUUCCAGGUCAUGAUGAUUAUACCAUACCAAACGAUACAAUAUUAAAGACAUCGCGCGAUGCUGAUAUUAAACACCGAUCACCGUUUAUUCUUAUCAAAAAAGACGGCAGCAUUAGCGUAGUCAAUACAACUUCUACCGAGGAUGUCAGUGAAAAGAAUACGAAAAUUAAGAAGACCAGUGCAUUCAGUCAAGGACGAAAAAAUGUACGUGGUUUGCAUUCGUCAACGUUAAGUAAUAAAUACGACGCGGAUACUACCGACUCGUCAUGGAUUUGUGUAUUUUGCAAACGUGGUCCGCACAAGAUGGGUCUGGGCGAUCUGUUCGGCCCAUAUAUCGCGUCCAUAAAUUGCGACGAAUACCUAAACAUUGUUAGUUCAAUAUCUAAUAAAAUAGAUUCAGAGGAAACCUUUGCUUACAAACGUUCACGUACGGAGGGAAUGCAUUUGAAUACUCGAAACUUUCUUGCGAUUGCCUCGAGAAAGAGUGAUAAUUUUUGCCCGGCCGCUGAAAUGAUAAGCAAGCGAAGAAAAAGGCAUACAAAUGAAUUUUGUUUAAAAAAUGAUAAUGGAACAGGAUUAGGAGCCAUGAUGAAUUGCAAUACAGAAUCCAAUUGCUCUGAUUUUCUAUUAGGAAUGUGUAAAAUAUCGGACGGAAAUUAUGAAGUAUGGCUGCAUGAAGAUUGCGCCGUAUGGGCUCCCGAUAUAUUUCUUGUGGGUUCACAGGUUGUUGGAAUCGCCAAUUCUGUAUGGAAUAGCGCACGAGCGCUAUGCAGUUUAUGCUUUAAGCCUGGUGCUAUGGUUUGUUGUUUACAACGUGACUGCAAAUUAUUAGCGCAUCUUCCAUGUGCUAAAGAAGCACAGUGGUCUUUGGAUGAGUCCACGUUUUGGGUAUUUUGCCAAAAGCAUAUUCACUCCAGACAUUUAUCGAAACAAACACUAACAAUUCCACAGACCACAUAGCUAUAAUAUAAGUAGAAUUGUAUGAGGCUGCUCGUUUCAAAUUAAUUUAUUUUAAUUUUUAGACUAACUUAUAUUAAAUUUUUAUUUAUCGAAGGUACAUGCUUAACUAAGUUGCAAUACUUUCCUUUUAAGUUCUCCUGAUAUUAUUUAAGUCAUUAAUUCAUUCAAGUUGUACAAAUUUC